UACUUCCCAGCGUGCACCGCUCUGCCGGCGCUACCUCGCUCCUCGUCUGUACACAAACAUGGCGGCUGGUGAUGGCGGUGGCCGCGGGCGGCCCUGAGGUUCUGUGAGCGCAGGUGUCCGCCGGGGCUGCGGGCGGGCGGCUCCGCCUGCUCCUCGUGCAGGGGCUGCGGCGAGGCGGGUCGGGGCUGGCGGCACACAUGGAUGACAGCAAGGUGGUUGGAGGCAAGGUAAAGAAACCAGGCAAACGAGGUCGUAAACCAGCCAAAAUAGACUUGAAGGCAAAACUUGAAAGAAGUCGUCAGAGUGCAAGAGAGUGCAGAGCCAGGAAGAAACUGAGGUACCAGUACCUGGAAGAGCUGGUUUCGAGCAGAGAGCGAGCCAUCUGUGCUCUCAGAGAAGAGCUUGAAAUGUACAAGCAGUGGUGCAUGGCCAUGGACCAAGGGAAAAUCCCCUCGGAAAUAAAAGCCCUGCUAACUGGAGAGGAGCAAGGCAAAGCACAGCAGAACUCGACCAAACUUGCCAAGGCUGCGAAGACAGAGGCAAACAGCAGCAAUCCCUGAGGCCGAUGCAGAACCUUCCGCGCUGCAGCAGAGGUGGCUCGGGAGCUGGCAGGAGGAAGAAUGCUGUUCUGAAGAGUGGAUGCAUCCCCAGGUGCAGGGGAGAGGAUCCCAGUCUGUUCUCUUCUCUUUGCUCCUCCCCGCAUGAAAUUCUUUGAUUAUGGUGUUCCUAAGGCUUCAUGGGGUGUGGCUUUUGGGGCAGUGGGUGUUGGUGUACAUGAAGCCUUGUUCUUCCUUUCGCUACACUGCCCUCCCCAAAUACAGCUGUGGCAGCUUUGGGGCGUUCCCAGCACAAGAGUGGGGCUGCUUUUAUAUCAGAGCCCAGAAUUAGGCUGGCUUUGUGUUUGGUGGUUAUGUGGCUGCUAACUGUUGUGGGAAUCUGGGUGGUUCUGUAAAAGAAAAGCAAGAGAAGGAUCUUGUAACAGCUUUGCUGAAGCCAAACCCAGUACUGUAGGUUGAGGAGAAGGAGCUGGAUCAAAAGCUUUCAGUAAGAAGAUUUAUAGCAAUGUCAUUUGUAACCUAAAUGCAGAUGUUGCUCUUGGCAUUCAUGUGUAAUGCAGCAUGUCUUUUGUGUGACUGGGAUUCUUAAAGAGGUACUAGAUACAUUUCCUGCUUCUGCCCAUACUUCUUCCACUGGGUGCAUUUUCCACUCCCAGGAAGACAGUCAAGGCAUUUCCCUGCAGCCUGCUUCCAGCAGGGGAACAGCAGCCACUCCCUCUCACCCGCUGGGCCCUGAUACCUUUCCAUAGCUAUCUACAUUUUGUACCCUAGUGCCUCUCUGGACAGCAUUAAUGUGAAUUCUGCAGUGCUGUCCUGGUUUCCCAGCCAAAGACAAUGCCAGGAAGUGGUAGCAAGGAAAGCAAGUUGCAUCAGUUUGGUUUUGUAGUAAGAAAGGUGAUGGCAAAACUCUUGUGGGCCGGUGUACUCAUCCCGGUUAUUGACAGAUAACCUGCCACUUUCCUCAGAUUGCUCUUUCUCCUGGAUAUGCUUUUUGUAUUCUUACGAUGCAGAUGAUGGAGAGUGGAGCUCUCAGGAUUUUCAGAGGGGGUUUGGCUUGCUUAUUCUGUUUUGUUUAUGACAAUGUUUUUCUCUGUAUUUUAUGAAAUGCAUGGAACAUUUUUUUAAUCUCACGUUUUCAGCAUUGUUUCAUAGAAUAAAUAUUAUAAUGAAUGA